AUGAAGCUCGCUAUCGGCAUUGUGCUCGCGGCUAUUGCUGUUGCUUCCAUGAGCGCUGGCGAUCCGGCCACGCUCUCGUCCAAGACCCCGGUGGAGGAGGCGACGAAAACCACCGAGGCGACCAAGUCCUCCAAGUCGACGAAGACCUCGGAAACCUCCGGCAGCGGCAUCGGCAGCCUCUUUGACGAUGCCUCGGGUGGCGUCAUUGGCGAUGAGAGCGGAGCUGACGCAAAAACCGUCGAUCCCAAGUUUCUCACGUCGAUCGGCAUCACCGUCCCUAUGAGCGAGGCUGGCUCCAAGUUCGACUUGGGACUUGGUCCUGGUCCUGCAGUUUACCCCAGCGACUCGGGCUCGUGGGACUGGAGCUGGGACUCGGUGGAAGGAUCUGGCAGCCACCACUACGAUUGCGACACGGUCUGCCCCGGCGACUACGAGCCUGUUUGCGGUUCCGACAACGUCACCUACAAGAACGAGUGCGCGUUUACCGUUGCUCAGUGCAACGCGACCGACCUCGCCGUAGCCAGCUCUGGCGAGUGCGCUCUGGCCUCCAGUAAGGCUUCCACUGCAGGCAGCAGCACCGGCGAGUCGUGCCCCGACGCAUGCACCAUGGAGUACUCGCCCGUGGUUGACGAAAAUGGCAAGGAAUACUCGAACGAGUGUGCCAUGCGCCUCGCGAAAUGCAAGGGCGAGACUGGCGAGAAGAAGAAGAUUGUCGACUUUACUGCUCUUGACAAGCCUUCCCUUGUGAAGGGUGUCAAGGAGACCGAGGCGCCGAGCACGGCUACCAAGUCCAGCAAGUCCACCAAGGCGUCCAAGUCGGAGAAGACGGGCACGGCGUCCGGCAGCGGUAUCGGCAGCCUGUUCGAGGACGGUUCGGACGGAAUCAUUGGCGAGAGCGAGUCCGGUUCGGCCGACCCUACUCUUGUGAAGGGUGUCAAGGAGACCGAGGCGCCGAGCACGGCUACCAAGUCCACCAAGGCGUCCAAGUCGGAGAAGACGGGCACGGCGUCCGGCAGCGGUAUCGGCAGCCUGUUCGAGGACGGUUCGGACGGAAUCAUUGGCGAGAGCGAGUCCGGUUCGGCCGACCCUACUCUUGUGAAGGGUGUCAAGGAGACCGAGGCGCCGAGCACGGCUACCAAGUCCAGCAAGUCCACCAAGGCGUCCAAGUCGGAGAAGACGGGCACGGCGUCCGGCAGCGGUAUCGGCAGCCUGUUCGAGGACGGUUCGGACGGAAUCAUUGGCGAGAGCGAGUCCGGUUCGGCCGACCCUACUCUUGUGAAGGGUGUCAAG